UAACGAUUACGGCCCAUCAAAUUAACACACGUAACAGACACACGUGGCAUCAUAAUCAUAAUUCCGUCGAUGAGACAUCAUCGUCAUACAUCAAUUGAGUAGUGGAUAAACCUUUGAUUCUUUGAAACUCAUAACUUGAUCAGAAAACUCCAUAUCUUUACGGUUUGAUCAAUAACCUUAGCUACAACGAGAAAGUAUGUUGAGAAAUUAUGUGAACCCAAAACUAAUCUCCAAGCCUAAUAGAAGAUCCUCGUGUCUUUACUCUCUUUACCUUAAGAGAGGAAGUGCGAGCGGAGGAAGGGAAGAAGGACGAGCUCCUUCGACGGCGGAGGAGUUCACGAGACAAGGCGUUGCUAGCCAGACGGUGGAAAAGGCUUACGACGGAGCAACGGUAGCUGCCAACGUCUCCGGUGAUUCUGAGGCGGAGAUGGAGAAAGUGAGAGAGGAGUUUCAAGAGAAGGAAGAGGGUAGAGACUACCACAAGAAGGGGAAUGAUGAUCACGAUGAUGGUUUGCCUAUCAACACGUCUAAAGGAACAUGAUGAAGGCAUGCACUUUGUUAGUUUGUAAAAUGGAGAUUAUAUAUAUAUAUAUAAUAUGUUUGUAUGAAAUAAUAUAUGUCGUGUGCUUUUGUAAAUACAAAAUCCCUAUACAUGUUGCGUUUUUUUGGUGGUGGGGCAAUCUGCUUAUUUAUAAUUUAGUUUUUC